UAGUCUUUUCGGUCACAGUUUCGCCGGUCCAAGGCAGCUCAGGAGGAACAUUUGAAAUCAUCAGAGGUUCUUGUCUCUUCGCUGCGAUGACCACGAGCUUCCUGAGCGUGUGAAACAAAGCGUCAUCAUGAUCAUGAGGUGUCGGUCCAUGGUCCCUGUUGGUCACUGAUAAUGAUUGAAUUACUGAUGGUCAGUGACGGUCAGUGAUGGUCACAUGGACAGCAGAACCACGCAGGCAGUGCAAGCCGCUUGUCAUCUCACGAAACCAUAGAGCUGAAAGCAAGAAGGAGGAGAAAAGAAGAGAGAAGAUCGAGGUCCAGGAACUCCGGGCUCUGCAUGUCCUCACUCCUCCUACACAGAUCUCUCAAACAUCUAACAAACUUCCAAGGAACAUCCUCUGACAGAGAUCUGACUCUCGUGUCUCUUCAGACCCUCGGACGCUUCUCGGUGGAUCAUCGGCAAAGAGAGCAAGUGACGGACUGUGGUCACAUGAUGGCACUCUCGGUGAAUCUGACUGGCCCAUCUCCUUGGGGCUUCAGGGUGUCUGGUGGGAGGGACUUCAAAAAGCCCUUAACAAUCUCCAAGGUAACUGGGGGCAGCAAGGCAGAACUGGCCAACCUGCGGCCUGAUGACAUUAUCCUAGAGAUUAACGGGGAGAGUGUGAGUGAGAUGCUCAAUGCAGAGGCGCAGAAUAAGAUCAGGAGCUCCAGAGAGCAGCUGCAGCUCCUGGUGUUCAGGCUUGAGCUGCUGACCUCCAGACAGACAAAUGGAAUCAAUACACCUGAGCCGACAGCCAACCUCUGUGAGGAGCUGCAUGCAAACCAGGAUGUGGAGCAGAGCCUCAACAAGCAGCUGGUCUCUAAUCCAGUUUCCCAGUUGCUAAUAGCUUGCUCCUCUGAGCCAUCUGUCACCGCUCAGGGAAUUGUGGGGUUGCAAUCACCUACUAUAACCAAGAGCAUCCAUCCUCAAUCCUGGUCUCCAGUGGAGAAGCCCUCCAGCCCCAGGGUCUCCAAGUCCAUUUCACAGGAGGUCUCAGCCUUCAGUGGCAUCUCUUAUUGGACCUCCACCCCUUUGGAGGGUGAAUUGGGCCAAAGUCCCACUGAAAGGGACCUAUCAUCUCCCUGUGGGAACAGACCCCUGCCCAUUUGUUCCAGUCGUGACACAGCCAUGCAGAAGCUCGACCAAGACUCGGAGGUCUACAAGAUGCUGCAAGAGAACAGGGAGUCACGUGCUGCACCACGACAGUCCACCACCUUCCGCCUGCUGCAGGAGGAGCUGGAAGCUGAAGAGAAAGGGGCAACCAUGCGGUUCUCAGGGCGGCCCAAGGCCUCCUUUACCGGGAUACAACAUCUCCACACUUGCGAGAAGUGUGGAAUCAGCAUUGUCACUCAGGCGAUCCGCAUCACAGAGGGUCGCUACCGUCACCCAGAGUGCUACGUGUGUACCCAGUGUGGUCUCAGCCUGGACAUGCGUGGACAUUUCUGGGUAGAAGAUGAGUUGUUUUGUGAGAAGCAUGCUCAGGAGAGAUACCGUGGUCCAGGCAGAGGCUUUCAUGCUACUAUUUCACCCCGCCAUUAGGCUCUUCCCACUCCUGCCAGAUAAAGACAUGUUCCUUCUUUACCAUACACGUGGGUCCACACAGUAUUCUGUGGUGUCACCUCUGCAUUGUCCCUUGUUCUCUGCAAGCCUUUCCUCACUCCAGCCUUUGAAGCUACUUUGAACCCUGGGACCCUCCAAUUUUCAGCCUUGCACCAAACCACACCCACACUAGCAGCUCCUACCACAUUACUGGACUUGAUGCAGUGCACCGCUUAUCAUAAGAAAAGAGGAUGUUCUGCAGCAGAAGAGUUGUGUUUCAAACCCACUGGUAUGUGGGCUUUGGAACACUUGGGGGAGUUUAUCUUUGAACUCAGGGGCUUUAUCUUUCUUUCACAUGUAGUUUUUUUGUAAGUGACAACAGUUCAAGUUCAGAUCAUCAGGUUAUCAACUCCUUAUGAGAACAAAAAUUUCCGUUUGAAACAUAAGCCUUGCUGACACUGAGCACCACACAUGGUGAACAGCCCCCCGCCCCCACGUCUGGAGCCGGUUACCCUGCAUGUCUGUCAUCUUGUUUCAUUGCUCGGAAACCUUGUGACUUGUGAAAGAAGACAAGUUUUAAAGAAUAAGCUAAAAGAAACUGAAAAAAAUGAAAAGACAAAGGAAAGCCUUACAUAUCAGUUUAAAAACAUUAAC